AUGGCUGUUGAAAAGGCUGGAAUCGCCAAUGAUGUUACACAAUUAAUUGGCAAAACCCCACUUGUAUAUCUUAAUAAAGUUACCGAUGGUUGUGUUGCCCGCAUUGCUGCCAAACUAGAAUUGAUGGAGCCAUGUUCUAGUGUCAAAGACAGGAUUGGCUACAGUAUGAUUGCUGAUGCAGAAGAGAAGGGGCUUAUAUCACCUGGAAAGAGUGUUCUGAUUGAACCAACAAGUGGAAAUACUGGCAUCGGAUUAGCUUUCAUGGCCGCAGCCAAGGGUUACAAGCUCAUAAUUACAAUGCCUGCUUCAAUGAGUCUCGAAAGAAGAAUCACUCUGUUGGCUUUCGGGGCUGAGUUGGUUCUGACAGACCCUGCAAAGGGAAUGAAAGGAGCCCUUCAGAAGGCUGAAGAGAUUGUCGCUAAGACUCCCAAUUCCUACAUGCUUCAGCAAUUUGAAAACCCAGCCAACCCCAAGAUACAUUAUGAAACCACUGGCCCAGAGAUAUGGAAAGGCUCGGAAGGAAAAGUCGACAUGCUUGUAUGCGGGAUAGGUACUGGUGGUACCAUCACUGGUGCAGGGAAAUAUCUGAAAGAGCAGAAUUCCAACUUAAAGUUGAUUGGUGUGGAACCAACAGAAAGUCCAGUGCUCUCAGGAGGAAAACUUGGUCCACACAAGAUUCAGGGGAUUGGUGCAGGCUUUGUCCCCGGUGUAUUGGAAGUCAAUCUUCUCGAUGAAAUCAUUCAAAUAUCAAGUGAAGAAGCUAUAGAAACUGCAAAGCAACUUAUGCUUAAAGAAGGCCUGUUUGUGGGAAUAUCUUCUGGAGCAGCAGCAGCUGCUGCCAUGAAGAUAGCAAAAAGGCCAGAAUAUGCUGGAAAGCUUAUUGUGGUUAUUUUCCCUAGCUUUGGAGAGAGGUACCUGUCCUCUGUUCUAUUUGAAUCGAUUAAACGGCAAGCUGAAAGCAUGACUUUUGAGCCCUGA